AUGUAUGUUAUCAUACCCUCACAAGUAGGCCAAGCCAGCAAGAAUCUUACGGCGGAUGUCGUUGUGGCUGAGAUGGACGGAUUAACCAUCUUGACAAAGCUGAACUGGCCAUCACAAAGGCGACCCAACCAUCAGGUGUACCAGAUAGCAUACGUGAUUGUCAAAGCUGCCAUCUCUCCCAGGCCUGGAAACUGGAUUUUAGAGAGGUCUGUAGAUGGAGAGACAUUCAGUCCUUGGCAAUACUUUGCCAUCUCAAACGAAGAAUGCUGGACCAAGUAUGGGCUCCAGGCAUCUCAUGGAAAUCACGCAUUCCAAUAUGACUCGGAAGUCAUAUGCACUUCCUACUUCUCUAGACUUAAACCUCUUGAAGGAGGGGAAAUUCAUACAUUCCUUAUCAAAGGUAGACCUGGUGCUAAUAGUUCUAGUGAUGAAUUGAUGGAGUUUACAAGAGCGCGCUAUGUACGUCUCCGGCUUCAGAAACUGAAUGUACCCACAGAGCGCAUGCUGUCGCAUCUACCGGACAAGUCUUACCACCGUAGCUUAUUCUAUUCAAUAAAGGAGAUCUCAGUUGGUGGUCAAUGUAUCUGUAAUGGUCACGCUGCCAAGUGUCGCCACAGUCGCAACGGAGAAUCGACCUGUGAAUGUCAACAUAACACUUGUGGGGGAAGCUGUAACGAGUGCUGUCCACUGUUCAACCAACGACCAUGGCGGCAAGGAACGAUUUACAGUGCAUCGCCCUGCGAGAUGUGCCAGUGUCACGGGCAUGCAACAUCUUGUGUCUACGAUGCAACAAUCGAUGAGGCCAAGCUCAGUCUUGAUAUAGAAGGCUACAACAACGGAGGUGGAGUCUGCACUAACUGCACAAAACACACAACAGGCAUCAAUUGUGAGCGCUGCGAAACAGGCUGGUAUCGACCGAUCGGAGUAAGGCCAGAUGCUGAGGUUCCGUGUUUGCCUUGCCAAUGCAGUCCUAUCGGGUCUGUCGGCUCCUGCGCUCCUGAUGACCUCGGUGGCAAGGUUGCUGGCUCCUGCGAGUGUCUUCCAGGAUUUGCAGGCGAACUAUGCGAUCGCUGUGCUAUUGGUUUUCACAACUAUCCAAACUGUGUACCAUGUUCCUGUGAUUUUCGCGGAUCAAAAGAGUCCUCCUCAUGUAAUAAGCAUUGUGAUUGCAAGUCGAAUGUGAUGGGUGCCCAGUGUGAUGAAUGCAAGCCUGGAUUUUUUGGCCUCUCAGCAGACAAUCCAGAUGGGUGCUCACCAUGCUAUUGUUCAGGCAUUUCGAGCACUUGUGAAGACUCAUAUGCGUACAAAUUAGAUAAGGUGGACAGCCUUAACGGAUGGCUUGUUUGUGAUUUAGGCGUCACUCGCACAGUAUUGCCGACGCUGGACAUCGAAACUAACCAACUCUACAUCGGCAAUUAUGAACUGCCAGGUGUCGAAAGCUAUUUUUGGCUUGCGCCGGAGGUCUAUCGUGGCGACAAAGUCACUAGCUAUGGAAGCAGGAUCCAGUUCCACGUCUCCUGGGUCGUUAUGCGUGGAGACACCAGCGGCAAACCUACUGAAACUCCAGAUAUUGUCAUCAUCGGUAACAAUGGUCUGAAACUUGGCUACGGAAAAAGCAAGUACUAUAACGAGAAAAAUGAGAGCAUCAUUAUCAAUCUGAUUGAGAGAGGUUGGUUCAGAAUAGAGGAUGGGAAUGAUACUCACACUGACUCACAAAUACAAGCCCCAGUGUCGCGGGAACAGUUCCUCAGUGUAAUUGGUGAUAUCAAGCAUAUUUUGCUGCGGGCAACUUUUCACACAGAUCAAGUUGAAGGAAGUUUGCUGCUUGCCAUCCUUGAAACGGGGACAAAGAACGGAACGGGUGAAGUAGUCCGGACAGUGGAACGGUGCAUUUGUCCAGAUGGCUAUUCAGGUUUGUUGUGCCAGUACUGUAGCUAUGGCUACGCAAGGAUUUUGCCUGACUCACCUAACAAACACGCCGUUUGUACCCUUUGUGACUGCAACAACCAUGCUGUCAGCUGCGAUCCCAUCAAUGCUGUUUGCACGUCUUGCGAGCACAACACGACAGGACCGAAGUGCGGGCAGUGUCUUCCAGGGUUCUACGGAAAUGCUGAGAAUGGCGAAAUUGACGAUUGCAAACCAUGCGCGUGUCCGCUGACAGAAGCAUCCAACAACUUCAGUGCAGCCUGCAUUGCUAACGGAACGGACGACUACACCUGCACGCAAUGUUCAAAAGGUUACGCGGGUCAACAUUGUGAAGAAUGUGCGUUUGGCUAUUAUGGAAACCCUCUUGAAAUCGGCUCAACCUGUAAGCUUUGCGACUGCAACAACGGUCCAUGCAAUCAGGUAACUGGCCAAUGCCUGGACUGCAAAGGCAACACUGAAGGCUGGCGUUGCGAGAAAUGCAAGCCGCAUCACUACGGGGACCCACUAAAUUUUGACUGCAAACCAUGUAAUUGUAGUAGCAUUGGCUCUAAGACAGUUGAUUCCUGCAAUACGGUUACUGGUCAGUGUGAGUGCUUGGACAACUACACAGGACGAGCGUGUGAUCGCUGUUUUGACGGGUUCGGAAACGUCACUGCAGGCUGCAAACUUUGUGACUGUGAUGCAAUUGGCUCUCAAUCUGAGCUCUGUGAUCCACAGUCUGGACAGUGUCCAUGCAAACCAGGAGUAGCUGGUGAUCAGUGUAACCAGUGUUUGCCAUCCUAUUACGGCUUCUCCACUGACGGUUGUAAAAGUUGUAACUGCGAUUUGGUUGGGAGCACAAACCUCACAUGCGACUCGUUCCUGGGAACAUGCACGUGUCACCCGAACGUGGUGGGCAAAACAUGCGAUACGUGCGAAGUGGGUUUCUGGGGUCUUGGUUACACCGGCUGCCAACAGUGCAGUUGUGACAGUGUUGGCUCAGUCAACUCCACAUGCAACCCUGUCACUGGACAGUGCGAGUGCAAAAUCGGCAUCGGGGGUCAAAACUGCGACCGCUGUCUUCCUGAUUAUUAUGGAUUCUCCGUAGAUGGAUGUUUAAAAUGUGAACCUUGCAACAAUCCUGGUUUCAUCUGUGAUCCAGACACAGGUCAAUGCGUUUGCCCAGUUCUGUCGGAGGGAGAGACAUGCAACGUCUGCAAACAAAAUGCUUGGGGUUUCAAGCCCCUGAAAGGCUGUCAGCCAUGCAAUUGCGACAGCCAUGGAUCUCUGAGCCUGCAGUGUAAUUCGACCAGUGGUCACUGUCUGUGCCAGGAAGGUUACGAAGGGAUUCAUUGCAAUCGCUGCUCUCCUGGUUACUUUGGUUACCCACGGUGUCGCCCAUGCAAUUGUCACCAACCCGGGGUUGACACACUCAACUGUCAAGGAAGGGAGUGUGAUUGCGACGAACAUGGCCAGUGUCCUUGCAAGUCGAAUGUCAUCGGUAAACGGUGUGAUGAAUGUAAAGAUGGGACGUUCGGACUCUCCUCGGAAAUGCCAGAAGGGUGUAUACCUUGCUUCUGUUUCGGGAGGACCACAAAGUGUAUUGCGGCCGGCCUUUCGUGGUCGCAAGUUCGACUCCUACACUCAAGGACUCUCUCUGUUGAGUACGAUAGCAACGCAACACAGUUUCCUCCAGAUUCGCAAAUUUAUCCUGUUAACACGCAAGAAAUCUGUUUCAUCAAUCUGGCAGUUCCGGGUGGUGGAGAGAUGAGCCUCAACAGCGAAGGUUUAAAUGUAACAAACAAUCUGCGAAUAAUCCCUGGCGAUUUAGGUGAUGUGCAAAUCGGAGUGAGCUUUCUGUUUGACACUCCUGUCUACUGGCAGCUACCAGCCAGUUUCCUUGGAGACAAGGUGUUAUCAUAUGGUGGCUACCUGCGCUUUGCAGUGGAAACGGAGGGAGGUAACACUCUCUUACCGCCUGGAGUGCUGUCGUCGUACCCGCUCAUCCAGAUACAAGGCAAUGGAAAGAUUGUUCUUGAACACUUUCCCGCUUUGCCGAAUCCCUCAAACCGCUAUGAAGUUCGGCUUCAUGAAUCGUUGUGGCAUGUGAAGAAUAAUCCAACAGAGAAAAUUAAUAGAGAAACAUUGAUGUUAACCUUGCAGAAUUUACAGCAUAUUCUCAUUCGGGCUACCGACUCAGUCGAUUUUAAGAAAGCUUUAUUAAGAGAUGUAUCAUUAGACAAAGCCACUGAAGCAAAAGGCUCGGUCGUUUCCAAUGCAGUCGGCGUUGAGCUGUGCGAGUGCCCUCAUCAAUAUAAUUCCACGUCGUGUCAGAACCCAAGCAUCGGCUUCUACCGUCACUACAACAAAAACAGUGUUGGCUCCACUGUUAUCAUCCAGGUCAUCGGGGAAGCAGCUCCGUGUGAAUGUAAUGGCCGUUCAAAUGUUUGCGACAUUGAAACUGGCCACUGCCUGAAUUGUUCUGAGAACACAGGUGGAGAGAAUUGCGAGUAUUGUGCCGAAGGAUAUUACGGCGACCCCAUCUUGGGUCCAUGCAAACCGUGCCCUUGCCCUUAUACCGAUCGUAAUUUUGCUCAGAGCUGUCAAGUUUUUCCCGGUCAAGAAACCAUUUGCACAUGCAAGCCUGGCUACACCGGCAAAGUGUGUGAUAGGUGCAGUUACGGGUGGUUUGGGUUUCCACAGAAGAUAAACGGAUCAUGUAGGAUGUGCGAGUGCAACCCUCACGGGAGUGUGAGCGAUGAAUGUCAUGAGUUGAGCGGCCAGUGCAACUGUAAACUGGGCAUAACCGGAAGGGACUGUUCCGUUUGUCCACCUCGCCAUACCCUCUCAAACAAAGGAUGUGUAGCUUGCGAAGAUGGCUGCACUGAUUUAUUGUUGGACAAAUUGGAAGAUCUGGAAGGCACUCUCAGAGAAGCAUCCAUCACCGUCUCUGAUGGCACAAUCGCUGCUCCUUGGCCAAGGCUCAUGGUGUUCGAAUCAAACCUGACGGAACUCGAAAGCGUAGCACAAGUUUUCUCCAGCACCAAUCGCAAGCUGAAUUUACUCUUGGAGGACAUCGAUGAUGUUAUCAAGAAGAAAUCCAAGCAUGCUCUCACUAAGGUGAAAAAGAUAGAGAAAAACAGUUUGAAUGCUUCCACGGAUGCUUAUCUUCUCCGAGCAGAUGCUGAGACAGAAUUGCUAGCUGCGAAAAUCCUAGAACGUGAAAUUUUUGAAAUCGUUUAUUCAUUGAAAAGCUAUGGAAAAACUGAAGAAAGUGAGGAUGUAAAUACCGGAGCUGCCCUGUCCGAAGCAAAAUUGCUGUUCAAUCAAAUCAGAGAUUUCGAUUUUGAACCAAUCACAAUCAAUGUCAUCAAUGUCUCCGAGGGUUGCAAAGCACUACUUGAUGAUGUUGAAGAGUCGAGUAAUCAUAACGAUUUGGAUAACCUUCAAAAGAGGCUGGAUACAGUCCUUGAAAAAAUCAGAGAUCUGGACAAAAAUGUUCUCAACAUAAUGGGCAAUUUAGAAAAGGUUAGGCACACAACAGAAAGUAACAAAGAGGUAGCAUUGCGGCUGGACGAAGUUUCAAAUGAAAUCGUCUCCAUCGAAAGCGAAACUGAUGAGACUUUGAAUACAACUCUACAACAAAUGGAUGUGAUUGAAAAUCGUUUUGAGGAAUUUCAAUCAAACGUUGAGGAAUUGAAAGAUGUCGGAGAGUAUCUGAAGAAUCUUACGAGACAAGCAUCGGAGAAAGAAGCCAGUCUGUCAAAUCUGAAUCCACUUUACAAAGAGGUCUACGUUAUUCCCGCCCAAAAACAUGCAGAUGGUUUACUAGAAUCGGCUCGCAGUUAUGAUGAUCUUUUCCAGUUCACGCGGCAAAAGUCGGACUAUGCAUUACGCGCAAGCAAAGCUUAUCAAAGUAUCAUCGAUGCUUUGAAAAGCGCUCGAGAGGCGGCUGUCAAUGCCAGCUUAGCGGCCACGGAGGCUUUUAAUCAAGUUCUGCCAGAACGCAAAGAAGAAUCACUCUUGGAGAAAGCAAAAGCAGCCGAAGAGGAAUCAAGGCAGAUAAAAACCCGUGCCGAGCUCCAAGAUGCCCGUGUUCAGGAACUGCAUGCGCAAUUCAAAGCGCAUCUACGUGCAGUCGAGUCCUUGAGGAAUAAUGUUAAGAAAGCAGCCAAAGAUGAUAACAGCAUUGCCAAACAGUUACAAGAAGUUUCCAACGACGAAGCAUCAAAACUAGAAGAAACAUUGCUUCGAGCCGAAGACAUCAUUCAAGUUGCAAACGAAAUUUAUGAUAAUGCAACAGUCAUCAGCAGCGAUGCAGCAAUAAAUCUAAGACCCCAACUAAAGAAGCUGGAUGACGAAGGAGAGCUAAGUUUACAAGCAGCGGAAGACAAAAUAACAGACGUGCAUUCUGUGAGUAAAAGAGUGCAAGAGCAGCUUGCCAUCAUGCAGCUAGCUGAGGCAAAAAGAAACGAAAAAUUCACACUUUGGAACAGCACCCUACUGGAGAAAUUAGAUGCUGUGAAAAUGAAGAUUACUCAAGCUCGGCAUAUAGCAGACGGUAUUCGUCUGUCAUUGACAAGCAAAGGAGAACGAGGGUCUUGUAUCCGAUCCUACCAACCGGAUCUUCUAGAGUCGAGCAUCACCAACACAAUCGUCCUCACCUAUGCAAUCAGCUCUCAACAUCGUGAUGCUCUCUUGUUUUAUCUGCCAAGUUCCACCACAAGUGAUUUCCUGGCAGUGGAAAUGGUCAACCGAAAAAUCAGAUUUGUGUGGAAUGUUGGAGGAGACACAGGGGAAGUGACAAACGCAGUUCACAUUCAAACUGCAGGUGACCUCAGCAAUGACCAGCAUUGGUAUCGCAUUGAAGCAGAAAGGAAAGCAAACGUGGGAACACUGUACGUGCGGCCUCAAGUUUUGCCGUUCGGGUCGUACCUUCGCGAUGGUUCACCGGUAACAGGGAAUUCAACAGGAGGGAUCGGGCGCCUGGAUGUGAGCCCCCACGAUCGUGUAUGGGUUGGCGGCGCUGACCACAAACCAGCCGAGUUGCGCUCCAUGCAGCCAGGUCUUGUCGGUUGUCUCCAUAAUCUUUUCCUCGAUGGCCGUCCAAUUGGGUUAUGGGACUUCCGCACUCAAACAGAAGGCUGCACUGCUUGUAUUGAGGGUGCUGAGGAGGUGAAAGACGAACAAACAUACCGAUUCUUGGGCGACGGUUAUGCAGUCCUACACCAUGACAGUUCCUCUGCCUACAAUAAAUAUCUCCUCUCCGUAUCGCUGAACUUCAAGACUUUUGACGAAGAUGCCCUACUAUUUUUGGCUGUCACAAACGAUACUGAUAAAUUUGUCUCUGUCACACUUUCUGAGGGUCGUGUAGUUUUCCGAGUUGGUUACGGAGGUGAUAUUAGUCUUGAGAUAUCAAGUAACUCACGCUACAACACAGGCAACUGGACUCGACUGGAGGCUACAAGAUACUUUGAUCGGAAGAAAAAAGUAGAGAAAGGUAUCCUGAAAAUCGGAACGGAAUCGCGAGAUGGGGCGCCAACACCACCUCCUAAUCAAGAUGCAAUCCCUGAUCUAUCCCAAGCGCAGUUAUUCGUGGGCGGCACUCCACCAAGUUUCCGAACAAGACGUUGGCCAGGUUCUUACUUGGGCUGCAUGUCGGAAGUGAACGUUGCACAAGAAGGUUACAAUCUGUUGCGUGGGCAAUUCUGGGGUAUCCAGCCCUCAUGCUCGCAAAAGGCUCUAACCAUUGCUGGAUUCAAUGGAAACGGAUACUUGGAGCUGGCAUCGUACAGCCUUGAGAAAAAAGCUGCUUUCGGCUUUGUGUUUGCAACCUUACAGCAGAAUUGCUUGUUGAUGUUGUCCACCUCUCAAGGACUAAUGAAUCGACAAAGUUACUAUGCGGUGAGCCUCCGCAACGGCCAGAUCGACGUGCGGUUGAAUGCAGGUCACGGAGAGGUGCGGCUGGCAAGCACAAGCUCCGACUACGGCAAUGGGCAGUUCCACUCGGUGGUCGUCAUCAAGCGAGGCAAAAAACUGGAACUCCAAGUCGACGACACGACCGAUUCCUCAGCAACGCUCCCUCGUGGGAGCCUCAACAUUAAAGUCCCUGGAGAUGCCGGUGGCCUCUUCUUCGGUGGAAUACCACCGGAUAUCAACACAACUGGCCUGGCUGUCUCAGAUGAACCUCUUAUUGGGACCAUCAAAGACGCAAUCUUUAAUAACAGUGUUCUAGCCUUUGAUAAGCCGUUGGAAUUUGAGCACGUGGCAAUUGGUCGUCAUGGACCCGUGCCAGUGCGGACGGAGGCAUCUCGACUCGAGGUGGAAUCCAUGCAGAUUUCUCCAGAAAACUCUGCCAAUGGCUGUCGCAAAGUUUCCAGCUACCCAAUCGAGUCAGGAGCAGCUAAAUUCGGUGACACUCCUCACAGUCAUGUCCAAAUUGAUUUCUCCAAGCGUAACCUUGGAAACAUUUUUCAGGACAAUUUUACGCUAGAGAUGCAGUUCAGAACUUUUUAUCCCAAUGGAGUACUCCUAGUUAUACCUAGCAUCAAAAACAAAUUAGCAAACUUCAUAAUGGCAACGCUCGUGAAUGGCCGGUUAAAGGUCAUUGUCCAGGGGAAGAAGAAGAAAAAAUCUGAGAGCAUGUCUCAAAUUGCAGUGAAUGAUGGAUUGUGGCAUCAUAUGAUGCUCAUGAAAGAGGAACACAUAUUCCGCAUGCAAAUUGACAACAAUCCGCCUAUCUCGUUCGAGGCCCACAAGAAGUCGAACAUCGGAAACAUUACAUACAUCGGAGGUCUGCCAGAGGAACUCUUAACCUCAAUGAAAUUCUCAUAUUUCCCCAAAACAGAAACUUUCAAAGGCUGCUUAGCUCGUUUAAUCCUGAACGGUCAGUUCGAAGACUUGGUCGGAGAUAAGUAUCAUAAAGUAGGACAGUGUUUCCCGCAUGUUGAGAAGGGCUCUUAUUUUCCAGGAGACGCUUUUGCUAUCUAUGAAAAUGAGUUCGAUGUUGGUUCGUUAAUAGAAUUAGAAAUUGAAUUCCGAACGUCUGAAAUGAAUGGAAUCAUCCUCUCUGUAUCACAACCAGAAGGGUAUCCAGCUCUUUCUCUCCAGUUUAUCAAUGGCAAGGUUGUAAUGACAGGCGACAUGGGCGACCGCCGGCCUUUCCGUGUUGAGCUAGGUUUGGGCUCUGAUUUUGCAGUGUGCGAUAACAAAUGGCAUCGGAUCGUGGCCCAGUUCAACAACGAUGAGAUAACACUGAGGCUGGACAGCGAGGGAACCAAGUACUGGCUCUCGGAUAAUGGACAUUUGACUGGAGCGCACACUAAUAGUCCACUCUACAUUGGAGGCUUACCAGAUCAUGCGACGAUAGACACAUUAGAAACACGGGAGAACUUCAAAGGCUGUAUCCGUUACGUAAGCAUCAACAAAAUACGCAAGGACUGGAUCGAGAUGGAAGCCCUCCACAGCAUCCUCCUCGGCUCCUGCCCCCGUGAUAAUGAUCCAAAGUUGUGAUACUCAACUGGGACUUGCACCAUCAAAUGGUUUCAAGACUGACAAUUUAAUGCUCUCUGCUUCUGUUGCAAACCUCACAGGGUCCACAUCAAGUGAACUAUAUCUUGCAAUUCGAAACUACAAAGUCUGACACCGGAUGUCACCAUGUGCAUAAAGAACUAUGGAACGUAUGAUGUUUCUUAACUGAGCCAAGAGUUGCAGUUCCCAAUCGCAAAAUGUAGUCAAUCUGUAACAUUAUGAAACUAUGAAGCCGUGUCUCAAAAUCCCAUGCAUAUCUUACUUUUUUACAUUAAUAAUGCCGUGUUAAGGCACAUCGGAACGUGCUGUAUGAACAUUCAAAUGUUGCCAAAUUUCCUUUCAGGAAAUUUCAGACUUUCUGAGCAAAUUAUAUACUAACAAUAUUCUCAAAAAUAGUCGGAAGAAAGAUGGUGCACCAAUUUUUCCGAAAAUUAGUAAUUUUUUCAAGGAGAUUUGUCAACACCUGAAAGCUCACACGGCGUUUUUCCUUAGCAUGGCAGAAUAUUACUCUACAGUUUUGUGUUAAAUUUUCGAGGAAUUUAAUUGUAAGGGCAAAGAAAAAUCACAGACAUCCUUUAAAGAAGUAAGAUGGGGCAGAAAAUCAAGAAUCAAGAUUGGCAGGUUGUGCAAUAAAAUGGGGAUAUUUUGCAAAGGCUUAAAUGAAUAAAGUGCUGUUUAUCUGGCAACUAUGUCCACAUUCAGUAUCUUUGCAUCGUAGUUACAUUGUUUCGUAGUUUCACUUUCAAAAUGCUGUGGUCCUGUAGAAAUUUAGUCCCUCCUCAGGACUCAUAAUUCAAUUUUUUGUUUGUUUUUUUUAACUCUUCAUGUGUGCCUUUGGCAUGUUCUGCCACAUGUUUUUUUUUUUUUUUUGUCUUUUUAAUUUUCAAAUUGUUUUCAAGCAAAGAUGAGCCGUGUACCACAAUGAUUCCACAGCUGUCCUUGUUAGAACAUCGUAGUGAAAAUAUGUACAACAUAAACGGAAAUCAAAAUAUUCAUAAUUAUCAAAAUUUUUAGUCAGGGUCUGUCCACAAUAAUUAAGACUACCAAUUUGUAUCUAACACUUAAAUAAUUCACCAAAUUUGAAGAUGACUCUUAAUUUUCUUCUCCUUGAGCAUCAUGAAUUCUCCUCACAAUGUGGAAAAUAGUUUUUGUAGGUAUCAUGAUCUCACAAUUGACUCAAAAAUAUUUUGUAUUGGUUAUUUUUUAAAACCCAACUUCCAAAAAUCGAGUAUUUUCUAGGAUGACUGCCCAACGAUGUAAAGACAAUUGCAAAAAAAAUUUUAACAAUGUUUUGAUACUUGCAAUUAGAUUGCAGGGACUCAAAACUUUCUUUCAGAGUUAGUGGCUCAGCAUUAAAUUUUGUCCUGGAAGACAUCAAUGGCACAUGGCCCAUCAAAUUUUGAAAUAAUAUUGUCAACCUCAAACCCUAUUAUUCGCCGUUCAUACAUUACAUGAACUUGUAAGACAGGGCCAAAUGUGAGAAAACGUUUUGAAUUAAUCAUAGUUACAAUAUGAAGAAGGGAGAGUUUACGACUUCCUCUUUUUUAGGUAAUCCUAAUGUUACUCCGACCUACUUCCUAUUUUUGUGCCCAAGAAUCAAAAUUGAAUAGGUUCCUCAAGUCCAUCAUAUUGUAAGUUUUGAUUGGAUCGAAAAUUAUUCAUCAUUUGUAUUAGCUUUAAAAUUAUUUCUUUGUACAUAUAUUUUUAAAAUUUCAGUAAUUUUUUAGUGUUUUUUUUUUUCUUUGUAUCGAAAAUUAUGUUUGUAAAUACAUUAACAGAUUUUGUAUGUACAUAGACAGGCAUAUGAGAUUGUAGCUUCUCACUUCGCUAACAAAACUCGAAAUUCCAGAAUUCGAAAGUUUAUUUUGUAGCAUUUUGUAAAUUAUUUUCUCUUCUUGUAUAUUCAUUGACUCUAGUUUUCUGGAAAAUUGACUAGAAAAUUUUUUAUUUGCAAAUAGCAAUCAUUCGAAGUGUUGCCCCAAUUUUGAAACUGCCUUUUUAUUAAUGGUUGUAUUUUUUGUAUUUGACCUGAAUUUAUUCAAAAGAUUUGGAAGAAUAAAUUAAUUUUUUACUGA